AAAAGAGGCGAAGGUAGGCGAAGGUAGAAAAUAGAGAGAAAAAGGUCCAGUCAAUUAACUACGGAUAUACUAGCAUUUUAAAACUCUGUUUGUAGAAGCUCUCGCGUGAGAAGAGAAGGAAUGGCACAGACGGUUGGUAGGAAUAUAGCAGGCCCACUGCUGUUUUUGAACUUGAUCAUGUAUGUAAUGGUGGUGGGCCUUGCUAGUUGGAAUCUCAACAAGUUCAUCAACGGCCAAACUCACUACCCUGGUGUUGCAGGCAAUGGUGCGACCACUUAUUUCCUGAUAUUUGCAAUCUUGGCGGGCGUUAUCGGCAUCGCAUCGAAAUUCGCGGGUGCUAACCACAUCCGGGCAUGGAGGAACGAUAGCCUCGCUGCCGCGGCCUCAUCAGCCCUUGUUGCAUGGGCUGUAACAGCCUUGGCAUUUGGAUUGGCGUGCAAGGAGAUAGGCAUAGGUGGGUACAGAGGGUGGAGGCUGAGAGUGUUAGAAGCCUUCGUAAUCAUACUAAACUUCACCCAGCUGCUUUACGUACUGCUGCUUCAUGCAGGGAUUUUCAGCAGCAAGUACGGGCCAGGUUACCGUGACACGGACUAUGGGGUUGGAAGCGCAGCUGGUGUGGACCCAGCCCAAAAGGGUGGUGCUGGUUUAGGUGGUACUAGGGUUUGAACCGUUAGUAGCACCUUUGACGAACUCAUGAUAUUUGUUUUGUUUUGUAUUUGUAGGUUGGUUUUGUGAUGUAGAGGUUCAGUACAUAAUCUAGCACUUGUGUUGAACUCGUUGUAACAGUUGUUUUCUUCUUCUUCUUUUAUUUGAUUUGCUAGUGUUUAUUUUGUAA